AAUGCAUCUUUGGCCAGCAUCUCCUCUCCUCACUGGUGAUGGACAAUAUCACCACAGAAUGAGAUGAAGUGCUGCAAAACAUUUAAUUCCUGAACAAACUGUCUGUCCGCAUCAGGUGUUCAACAGAAAUUCCAAACCUUAUGACCUACUCAUGGCAAAGAUGAGUUGGACGACUGGUACACAAUGUGUUGCCAAGGGAGACCACAGGAAGCCCAAACCUGGAGAGCUGUUGUACCACAAAGGAGACAUACUCACUAUUGUCGCCAUGACCACGAGUAAGAGAUGCUACAAAGCCAAACAUAACUCCACCGGAGACGAGGGGAUCAUAAAUAGCGCCGAUGUGCGGGAAAGAGAAGCUCUGCGUUUGGAUCCAAGCCUCAGCCUCAUGCCCAGAUGGUUUCACGGGAAGAUCUCGGGCCCAGAGGCGGUCCGCAAGCUGCAACCGGCCCAGGACGGCCUGUUCCUGGUGCGGGAGUCAAUCCGACACCCUGGCGAUUAUGUGCUGUGUGUCAGUGUCUCUGGGGAAGUCAUCCACUACCGAGUGAUGUAUCAGGACAACCAACUGACCAUUGACAACAAUCAGCACUUUAACAACCUCAUUGACAUGAUCGAGUUCUACUCACAAAACAAGGGUGCCCUUGCUCGAACUCUACUGAAGCCCAAACCAAAACAAGGGGCCAAGUCGGCUGAGAUGGAGCUGACAAAAGCUGGAUGGCUGCUGGACAUUACCGUACUGAAACUGGGACACAUCAUCGGAGAGGGGGAGUUUGGUGCUGUGUUCGACGGCGAAUAUUUGGCCCAGAGGGUGGCAGUAAAGACCAUUAAGUGCGAUGUCACAGCCCAGGCCUUCCUGCAGGAGGCCACAGUGAUGACGAAGCUACAACAUAAAAACUUGGUGCGCUUGCUGGGGGUCAUCUUGCACAAAGGCCUUCUCAUUGUCACGGAGCUCAUGACGAAGGGAAAUCUCGCAAACUUCCUCAGGACGAGAGGACGAUCACUCGUUGGCUCUGUGCAGCUUCUUCGCUUUGCACUCGACGUGUGUGAGGGAAUGGCGUACCUGGAAUCUAAGAAGCUGGUCCACAGGGACCUGGCGGCCCGCAACGUCCUGCUCUCUGACGACGACGUGGCCAAGGUCAGCGACUUCGGGCUGACGAGGGCGGCCUCCAGGGUAUCAGAUGACCAGCGUGCCAAACUGCCUGUCCGCUGGAGUGCCCCUGAAGCUCUGACGAAAGAGAAAUACUCCACAAAGUCAGAUGUUUGGAGUUAUGGCAUUCUGCUCUGGGAAAUCUUCUCCUAUGGUCGACAACCAUAUCCAAAGAUGGUAGGAAGCCUCAUCGUAAUAAAUGCAUCCUUGAAGGAGGUGAUGGAGCGAGUGGAAGGCGGCUUUCGCAUGGAGGCACCAGAAGACUGUCUCCCCGCUAUUUACGCCCUCAUGACCAUUUGCUGGGCCAAGGAACCUCGGAGAAGGCCCACUUUCCACAAAAUGAGGGAAAAACUUGAACAAGAGAUGAAAAAACGAUGUCCGGGUUAUGAGUCGCAACAUCAAGAUGGAGUCGGGCGUGGAUCCGGAUAUGGAGGUGGCUACCCCACUCACAUUGUUUAAAUUCGGUUGGACAUUUUUUUUUUUUCUUGAGGGGAGGUUCUUGUCCACUUAAGACUUCUUUCUCAACAUUAUGGACGACAAAACUUUCAUUCGGGCUUAAAGUACACUAACUGGUCCGUCCUUUAGAUGCACCUCUACAAAUAUAUUGGACAUCGUGGUGCGCUUUGGAUCAUGAUCUGUUCCUUUUUAGAUGUUUUCUGAUCAACUGUACUCAACCUGUCUUGUAGUUGGGUGUUACUAGUGGCUUACACCUUGUUGUAAACACUGCCAC